CAAGGAUAUAUACUGUCCCUUAGAGAGUGUCUGGAGCAAUUAACUGGGUGCCAAGCUUGUCCUGACAGUUGAAACGAGGGCCUGAUCUUGCUGAAGGCUGAAGGAUGAAGCGCAGCCUGGGCAGGAGGCCCCUGGAGGUGAAAUUUGCCUUCAUCUUAGCGGUGACUUUGCUUCUGCCAGGUGUGACAUCUAGGUCCAUUGUCUCCACUACCACAUCGCCUGAUGUGACAAGUGGACCGACAGUUGGAAACCUUGAGGAGGAGCCUGCCCCUGAUAAAUUCGAGCUUGAACCCAAUUCCGAGGAGGAAGACUCAACUGAGCAUGAUGAUACCAUGGAAGAUCAUGAUAUCGAGGCAGUGAGUGACAUCAAUUCAAUAGAAACUACAGACUUGGGAGAAUCCCCACUGGUUAAUAAUGAAACAGAAACAAAUGACGAAAGUGAUGAGGAUGAUGCUCUUACCUUCUUUACCCUCCUUGCCAAGAGAGCUGCUGAUGAAGAGACCAGCGACGAUAGCGAAGAAGAUGAAUCAGAAACAAAUUCAGUCGAUGAAGAUAAAUUUUCAAUUUCUGAUUUGCCUAAACUCUUAAAGCCAUUGAUAGAUGCUUUUUCUGAUCAGUCAAAUUCUGAAGCUCCCUCAAAAGAUGAUUUCUUGUCCUGGUUUCCUAGCCUGAAGGACCUGUUUGAGCCCAAGAAGCCUAAGGGAUCUGAGGCAACAAACAGCAGUACUCGAUCAGGAAGAAGGUCCAGUGUCUCUGCUGCUUCAGGGCCCUCUCUGCAAACGUCUCCUCUCGCUACACAGUCACCUGAACAUGAGAUCCUUCCCUCCUCUCAGCCAGAUGACUUGAUUGUUACCGUUACAACCAUAACCAGACCUCCUAUAACCAUAACAGAACCUCCAGUAUCCACUUCUGAACGCCCUAUAACAAUCAAUCCCUCAGAAGACUCAGAUUCUGAGGAGGAUCCAGAGAUGGAUUAUUAAGCAGGAACUCGUCUCUGAAGAGUGGCAGUUAAAAUGGGUGAUGGGGGAGGGGCUUUGUCCUUCCCUGUAUUUUAGAUGACUACUGGGAAUUGUUUAUAUUUGGGGGUCAUUAAGAGAUUCAAAAACCCACAAAUGCUUUUUAAAAGCACACUGCUUUCCCACAACAUAAUCUUCAAUAUAUCUAAGAAGAGAUCUUUGAAACUUGCUAUGACUCUUCACUCCCCUUAAGCUGAAAUGGCAUCCGUGUGAGGAAAUCCAAUCAAAUGAAGGGAAGCCAGGCUUUGGGGUUCUGUUCCUAAUUCUGGUAGGUUGUAGAAGGAGGAGGAAGGAUAAAAUAGAGAAAAUGAAGCUAUUUUUUUCCCUGUCAGUAAAAGCUAGGACAUAUAGUGGGCUAGUUUGGUGAGUAGAUACUAAGGAUUUCAUUGGCUGUAUCCUUAGCAUUAUCACCAGCUGUGGUAACAUCCAUUCUUAGAUAACAUUGGAACCAUAAUGGUUUGUGAGUGUAAAGUAUUUGAUAUCCUGGUCAUUGCUUGCUUGAUUUUUUUUAAAAUAAAAGGACUCUACUUUCAAUAAAAGUUAUAAAACAUAAAA